UGCGAGCCAAGUGGGCUGUGGUGCAUGGACAGUCGGAUGUGGAGGGGAGUUGGUCCUGCAAAGGAAUUGGUCGAGCGCUGAAGAAACCAAAAGUUCCACGUGGAGGGAAUUACAGGCGGUUUCCCUCGCUUUGCAAGCAUUUGCGAAGAGUUUAGAGGGUAAAGUAGUGAAGGUUUGUACUGAUAACAAAGGCGUUGUCUCGGUAGUCAGCAAAGGCAGUAUGGUAGAAGAGUUACUUGUACUCAGUCUGGAUAUAUUCCAAUUCUGUAGAAAGCAUGGUAUUCAACUGGAGGUACAGUGGAUACCCAGAGAGCUCAAUCAAAGAGCUGAUGAGAUUAGUAGGGAGAUAGAUUGGGAUGAUUGGGGUGUAUCAUACAUAUUCUUUCAAUUCAUUGAUAAAAUAUGGGGACCUCAUACAGUUGAUCGUUUUGCAGAUGAAACCAAUGCAAAAUUGCCUACAUUCAAUUCCAAAUACUCAUCCCCUGGCACAAGCCAAGUAGACGCCUUUUCGUGCAAUUGGCAAGGAGAAAAUAAUUGGUUAGUCCCCCCUAUAAACUUGGUGGCGGACGUCCUAAGACACUUGAAGUUGUGCAAAGCAGAGGGCACUUUGGUUAUUCCCUGCUGGCAUUCAGCCCCUUUUUGGCCGUUGCUCUUUUCCCAUCAAAGUUCGUUUCGAAGUUUGGUCAAGCAUACCAUGCAUUUUUCUGAUUCGUCAGAUAUAUUCGUCCAAGGUCGGAAUCACAAGUCUUUGUUUGGAUCACCUUUAUUCAAGUCCGAAGUCCUUUGUGUCAGACUGAAGUUUUCAUUAUGAUGAGGAAUAAGCCGCAUGGCAAGGUAGCCGCAUGGCAAGAAAAGAAUUGCCGAAUGGCACGUAUAUAAAAGAAUAAAUAUUAAAUAUAAAUUACUUUAUUAAUUACCUAUUUCUCUGCAGAAAAUAUAAAGACGAUGAGUACUCUUCAACGUUGGCCAUGAUUCUUGACGCAUCAAGAGCCCCCAGCACCACUAAAAAAUACAACGCUGCUUUUGCCGCAUGGCAACAAUGGUGUAAGGUGGAGAAGAUCAAUCCGUUACCAGCCAAUGCCAAUGACGUGUGUCGUUAUUUUAUACAUCUCUUCAAUAUUGGUGCUCCAUUCUCGAGAAUCGAAUCAGUUUUCUAUGGCCUAAAAUGGCGUCAUGAUUGUUUUGCGGACUGUAAAGAAAACCCAUGUGACAGUAAAUUUUUACAUAAUGUAUUGCAGGGAUUAAAAAGAAGAUUAGCUAAACCUGUUGAGAAGAAAGAACCCAUUACACCAGAAAUAUUAAAGGCUGUCAUAGACAAGUACGCAGUUCUGAACAGUCUGUUAGAUAUUCGAUUAUGUACUAUGUUGCUUAUUUCAUAUGCAGGUUUCUUGCGUCAUAGUGAACUUAUCAACAUCAGAAGAUGUGAUCUCCAAUUACAUUCCUCAUAUGUUAAUAUCUUCAUAGUUAAAAGUAAAACUGACAUUUUUAGACAAGGAGCCUGGGUGAUCAUUUCAGCAACAAAUACAUCUACGUGUCCAGUCAGAAUGUUAAACAGAUACCUAAUCCUUGCAGAUCUUGUAGAUGAAGAUUCAGAUGAAAGUUUCCUUUUUCGACCAGCUAAUUAUAUUCGAACAGAGAACAAGUACAAACUAAGAUCAGGGCAAUUAUCAUAUUCAAGAUGCCUUGAUAUAUUUAAAAGCGCCUUGUCUUCGGUAGGAGUCAACCCCAAGCGUUUUGGACUGCAUAGUCUUAGAGCUGGGGGAGCAACGGCUGCGGCUCGUAUUGGUGUGCCGGACAGGCUUUUUAAGAAACACGGACGUUGGCGUUCGGAGACGGCAAAGGAUGGCUACGUCCACGAGUCGUUGGAAGACAGACUUUCUGUAUCCAAAAUGCUGGGUUUAUAGAUAGUUUAUCAGCUGUAUGUUGGUUCAGUAAGUUGUAAUAUGGGCAUUUCAAUCCCUGGAUGUGUUAAAAAGUGGAAAUAAAACUUGAUGUUUCCUGAUUAUGAUUGUAUUAAAAAACCCUUAUUUCCCGCUCUUUAAUUCCUGAGUAUGAUAAUGUGGAAUAAAUAAUAUGGGCAAUGCUUGCCAUCGAAGUU